AUGGUUUCCAUGUCAAAGCCUCGAGCAAGAGUGAGAGAUAGGAUAAGUGCGUUACCAGAUGCACUUCUUUCUCACAUACUCUCUUUCCUCCCAACACUGUGUGCUGUGAGGACCAGCAUAUUGUCUGCAAGAUGGAGGAACAUGUGGACUUCUCUUCCCAAUCUAGACUUUGAUAACGAAAGAGAUUCAUUUUUGGGUGUCACGAUAGGUCCCUAUGGCAAGGAUCGUUUUACGACGUUUGUUGAGCGUGUAUUUCUAUACCGCAAUUCAUGCGACAUUAAAAAGCUUGGUCUUAAAAUUCGUUAUCCUGUAGAUUUUUCUCAUAUCGAUGAUUGGAUCUGCACAGCCGUUAGGCGUAAUAUUUUGGAAGUUGAUCUUCAUGUCUUCUCUGAUGAAAUUGAAGAAGGAGAGGGUUUUCAGUUCCCUCAGAGCCUUUUUAUGUGCAAAACUCUGAAGGUUUUGAAAUUGUAUUCAAAUUCAUGGACUAUUAAGUAUCCUCCUCCUCCGCCAGGGUGUUUUCCAAAUCUUAAGUUCCUCCAUGUUGAAAUUGAUUUCCCCGAUCCAGACUCACUGAAAAAUCUUUUUACUCGCUGCCCUAUGCUUGAGGAGUUGUCUAUACAUGGAUUCAGUGAUUGUGCUAGGGUUUAUGAUAUCUACGUAUGUGCGCCCGAAUUGAAGACGUUGAGAAUAAAAGUGUCUGAUCCUUAUAAGAAUUGCUAUUUUGUCAUUAAUGCCCCAAAGCUUGAAUACAUUGAUAUCAAGUCAGCUGCUCUAUCAAAUUAUUAUUUAAAGAAUUCAAACGGCCUAUUCAAUGCCAGUAUUGUUUUUGAAGAACAUUUUUCUAAUUAUAAAGAUGAAUACCAACUGUGCCGUUUAGCUGAGCUGUUGUCACAAAGAACAAAUGUCAAUCAUCUUUCUCUUGAAAUCCAUGAUCAUUGUCUUCAGGCUUGGUAUCAUCCUUUUGAUUUUGGUAAUGUGAACCAAAUGAAGCUGGUACUUCAUGAUUGCUAUUACUGGGAAGUACUAGCAGUGCUGCUCACAAAAUCACCUAAACUUGUAGAUCUUGCCUUGGAACAUAGAAUUAAAUCUCAUGAUGAAUAUUCAUUGCCUCAAUGGAAGCAACCAGAGUCUGUUCCUGCUUGUUUGCUGAGAAAUCUCUGCACCAUUACCAUAAAGGGAUUCAGGGGUCAUCAGGUUGAGAUGGAUGUAGCACAGUACAUGUUAAAGAAUGGUCACGUUUUGAAUAACAUGACAAUCUAUACAGGCCAUCUGUGUAAGAAAGAGAAGGAGUUAUACAAGAAAUUUUUGAUGUUUGAAAGGCGUUCAAUGUCUUGUAAAGUUGAAUUUAUCAAGAUGUAAUGAUUGGUUUGUCAAGCAUUUUAUGUUGGAACAUUGUUUCUAGGUUGUGGAAGGAAGAUGAACUUUUUGGUUGAGUAAGCACUCUGU